UUGGCUUAUCGGGGGUGGAGCUUUCUGGGUCAGACACGCAAUGGUUGCCUCUGUAGUGACCCGGAAGCUGGAGCGAAGCAGUUGCCUCUUCCUUGGUGUGGUCUGUGGACAUGGAGGUGAUUAGACAGUGCCCUGUGGCUGGGAUGAAAGUUCACUCUCCUGUGUCUUGUUGCACUUGCAUGGAGCUGUUCCCCAGGCGCAGCACGUCCUGUGUCCCUCAAGACUGGCUGCCCUGCCCUGCACCCAUGGACUCUACUGCUCCCCCAGCUUAUCCCAAGAUGAAGGUUUACAGGGACAAAGAGGAUGUGACUCUGGAUCCAGACACAGCUCACGCCAGCCUAGUCCUGUCUGUGAACCGGAGAAGCGUGACAGCCACAGACACGCCCCAGUCUCUACCCAACAGCCCUGGGAGGUUCAAUGUGUACUCCUGUGUGUUGGGCACUGAUGGCUACAUGUCGGGGACACACUACUGGGAUGUGGAGGUGGGAGACAAGCAGGGCUGGGCCCUGGGUGUCACCAGGGAGUCUGCCAACAGGAGGGGAUGGUUUGAUUUCAGCCCUGAGCAGGGCACCUGGGCCAUCCAGCUCUCCAUGGACCAGUACCGGGUAGUCAAUGCAGAAUGGAGCCUGCUGGACCUGCCACAGAGACCUAGGAAGAUCCGUGUGUACCUGGAUUGUGACAGUGGGGUUGUGGGUUUCUAUGAUGCGGAUACCAUGGCCCCCAUCCACGCCUUCACUGCUUCCUUCUCUGGGAAAGUCUGCCCAUUCUUCUGGGUCUGGUCUGUGGGGACAUCCCUAAAUCUGUGCCCCCCGCAGCCCACUAUGAACUGCGGGCUUGGCUGACACCCAAAGACAUUGCUGUAAGAAUAUCCACAGACCCGGGUGGGCUCUGGGUCACGUCAUGUUCAAACCUAGGGAUCCUUCAACAGGCCCAUAACCAGGGGAGUGACCAACCAGGUGACCUCCCUCUUCAGUAUUUCUCCCCAGUGCCCCGUGCACCUGGCACAAAGUCCCUGAUAAGACCCAGCCGCCUACUACUUUCUCGUACCCUAGAUUCCUUCAUGAGAGCCCCUUCAGCCAGACAGGCUGCUUCUCCAUCUCUCCUUUUUCCCUGCUCUGCUUUGGACCCUGAUUUAAAAGAGAUUCAGUCCAUCAGAAGGACAGCACUGGGUCUCAUUCGCACAAGACUUAUUGGUUAUACAUGGUAUUCUAACCCCCUCCCCUUGGCUAGUUUCCAGCUUCCAGUUGCAAACCCCUCUGGGCUGGGGUGCCUUUGUCUCUGCUUGGCCAGAGCUCAGAAUACCUUGAUUUCCCUCUCAGGUCUCUGCGGCUUUCCUUUCUAUCAGCAUUGAAUAAUGGUGUUCAGGAUCUGAGAAAUGCACCUACAUUUUGUUUAGUAUUGGCUGAUAUAACUGAAGUCACUGCCCAAGGCUAGGAGCAGUCUGGCCAGGCCUGGGGAGAAGCUGCCAGUGAGUCCUGAGAGGUGUCCCUGGGACUUGGGUGCAAGCUCAGGAGCUGAGUCCAUGACCUGGCAGCAGCUGUCUGGCAGCAUGUGAAAAGAGCUGGGAGGCAGGGCGACAGCCAGAGCAGCACUGGCAACAUGGCCCUGACCAGAAGCAGGCACCGAAAUUCCUGGGGCGCAGGCGCAGCUGGAAGAGCAGUGCCUUGUGCCUGGGGAGUGGUUAUGGGCCAAAUCUCCCACCCACAGAGGGCAGAGAAAGGGAGAUGGAGGCUGAGAGAGACAGUAGGAGCAGUCAGGAGGCAGGGAGGGGACUGGCUCCAACCCAGCCAGGACCCCUUCCCUGCAGCCCCCCCUGGGCAGAGGCACUUUCCUGUGACCAAGGUGAGGAGCAGAGAGACAAAACCUGUCCCUGCCCCUGCCUGGUCCCUGUACUGCUGAGGGAAUGAGCUGCCCCAGGGGACAAUGUUGGAGGGAUCUAUCAAGACAGCUUUUCAUUAGGACAUAAAAUGCCUCGGUGACUUCAGUUCCACAGCGAGGGCUGGUCUGCGUUGUCAUAUAGUGACUCAGUGCUGUCCUGCAUGGCAGAGGCUGCUAAGCUUCGGAAAGAGCUCUCUUGGGGAAAGUGCCUGUAACCCUGAGCCCCCUGGAGCUGGCUGAAGAUUGGGCUGCUGGAAAUGAGUACGCGGGUUCCUGCUCUAAGUGCUCUAUGGGCUGCCCCCAACUCCGGGCAGGAGCAGGCAAAAAUAAGUUUGGGGUGCGGGUAGAAAGAAACUGAGACUAAGGCCGAGGCUGGCUGCCCGGCCAGCUCGCUAUAAUAAGCGGCAGCACAGCAGGGCAAAGGACAGCCAGAUGCAAGGUGCAUGCGAAAAGGCAGAACAUGUUUUUCUGGAAAUUUAAUUUUUCUUUAAUCUGAAAUAAAGAAUAAGAUAAUCAGUAAAAAAAAUGCAAGAUUAGUACCAGGAGUCUGCUUGAAUGAGUGCAGGAUAAAUAAGAUGGACUUCAAUGGAUUUUUGUAGAUUUACUCGUGAACCCCAACGGCACGUAGUGGUUGCAAAGCAGGGGGGGGAAAAAAAAAAAAAAAAAUCACAUUCUUGGGCAUAAAUCAAAUCUAUGUUGCACAUUAAAAAUGAUAAAAAUAGCCCUCAUGGAAGAAAGCGACCUAAAAAUAAAACGUGUCAGAGCUAAAUAUAAAACAUGUCGGAGGUGUAUUAAAUUACCACGAAAAACGCCCCCUAAAACAAUCAAAUUGUCUGUUAACAUGGAUCUGCAGACGUCAUUUAGUUAGCUUAAAGGCAACUUUUGUCAUGUGGACACAGGAAAAGUGUAACGUGGAAACAUCAGAGGUGUAACAUGGACAAGCUCCCCAAGGGAGCAGAGCAGCACCUCUGUUAGAGUCCUGCUUGAGCACGACGUUGUGGUUGAAGGUGUCUGUCACAUAACUAGUUCAGUAGUGUCAAGUAUCUAGUUAGGUAGCACCCUCCCAAGAGUCUUUGCUUUUCCAGCCACUCUCUGUUUCAGUGUGGAAGCGGUUAUCUCCUUUUUGUUUCUCUGACCGUCCUAUUGUUUUCUCUUUCGAUACAGAAGUAUAUAUCUAUAUUUAUUGUCUGUUUAUAGCCCCAUAGGACCUCAGUCUGUCGACUGAUAUCAGGGAUGGGUACCAACUGGAGGUCCAUGCACCCACGUCCUUUCCUGCCAUGACUUGGUGUUUAUAGGCGUAGAUUCAGUACCUGGGCGUGUAGUUCCAGUUGGCUGUCAUCCACUGUCCUCUGUUCCGGAGGCCUAUGUUCCUGAGGGCUCCACCAUCCCCUACACCCUCGCCCGUUCCACCGGGAAUCAAAAUCAUCCUUUCGUCAAUAUUCGGCCUUCGGGUUCUCUACCAAGUGCUCCCGUCCUGGAUUAUUGCUCCCCCGUUUUUUUUGUUUUUUUUUGGGGGGGGGGGGGGAGGGGGGAGAAUGAAAAAAGAAAUAUCCGGUGAGGUCGCUUUAUCCUUCACCUGUAACCGUCUUUACGGCAGCUCCUCAUGAGCCUCUUCUUCGGAUCAUUACAAUCCCCUCACCCCACUGGGUCUGCCACUGACACUUUGUUUUGCACCCCUUUUAGGGUCUUAAUGGUACCUUUGUUCCGAUGUGCCCCCCUAUUAGGGUUUUUAUGGUACCUUCCCCAGCCCUGCUCUGCCAAGAUGGCAAGCAGGUCCUGGUCCUGCCAUCCACGGCACCUUCCUCUAAGUCCUCUCUGGGGAGCUCCCUCUCUGCAGGAGCUUCCUGCCCUCGCCAGGAUGCUCUCCAGUUCUCCCACAACCUUGCUCCGCCCGGCUCCUCUCCUUCCGGUCCUGCGCUCUCUCCUCCUGCCUGCUCCGGGCUCUUGUUUAUAGAGAGGCUUGAA